AUGUUCGCGACACUAUUGCUCCUGGCGGCUCCAUUCGUUAUGGGCCAGUCAGAUAUUCCUCUCUCUCAGGACAUCCAGAGCGUGCUCGCUGUCAACAACAACUCCUUGUAUCAUUAUCCUACCGAUCUGACUCAAGGAAUCAUGCCCAAGAAUGUCCAUUCCCACAAUGACUACUGGAGAGCCAAGCCCUUCUACACUGCCCUGUCCAAUGGUGUCAUCUCGGUAGAGGCUGAUGUAUGGCUGUACAAUGGCACCCUCUACGUCGGACACGAAACUUCUGCAUUGACCUAUGCACGCACGUUUGACUCACUCUACAUUCAACCCAUCCUUUCUGUCCUCAAGAAGCAGAACCCAAGUUCUCCUUUCGUGACUGCUCCCACCCACAACGGAGUCUUCGACACAUCGGCUGGCCAAACUCUCUACCUCUGGGUUGAUGUCAAGACCAACGGAUCCACUACUUGGCCCUACGUUGUCAAGGCCCUCGAGCCUCUCCGUCAAGGCGGCUGGCUCACCAAAUACAACGGAACCGGAAUCACUAAUGGAACCGUCACUGUCAUCGGAACCGGUAACACACCCCGAGACCAGGUCGAAAGCCAGAACAACCGCGAUUACUUCUUCGACGGCCCUCUGUCUACUCUGAACAGCUCGGCAAACUCCAACAUCACCCAGUUCCUCUCUCCCAUCGCAAGUACCAGUUUCUUGCAAUCUUUCGGAUGGCCCAAGGAUGGCAAGCUCAAUGAUACUGCAUUGGCCAAGCUGCGUGGCCAGAUCUCGUCGGCCAGCGCCAGAGGUAUCGGUACUAGAUACUGGGAAACGCCCAACUGGCCCAUCAAGGACAGAAACGCCAUCUGGCGUCUGCUUUGGGAUGAGGGUGCCACUCUCAUCAACGCUGAUGAUCUUGAAGGAGUCGCGAACUUCUGGGAGGGUGACUACUAG